CUGAUGGCAGCACUGUAAGAAAAGCAAAGCAAAGAAAAAAACGAAUAUCGGCCGGCACCUGCUGUCGUGUAGAGAUGCUGACCUUGUCUUGCCAGUGAAUAGAGGUCCGUGUCCCCAGACCAGCCGUGACAGGACAGCAGGACGCAGAGUAGACCCGCCAUGGCUGCCAGGCAGCAGAGACCUGCAGCUGCUUCAGACGGCUCAGCAGAAGCCAAAAGGACGGACCUCAGAGCCACUGAGAAGAAGUGCUCUUGGGCCUCCUACAUGACCAAUUCUCCAACUGUGAUAGUGAUGAUUGGGUUGCCCGCUAGGGGGAAAACCUACAUGUCAAAGAAGCUGACACGCUACCUCAACUGGAUUGGAGUGCCAACUAAGGUGUUCAACCUCGGAGUUUAUAGGAGAGAGGCGGUGAAGUCGUACAAGUCCUACGACUUCUUCAGGCAUGACAAUGAAGAAGCCAUGGAAAUUAGAAAGCAGUGCGCUCUGGUGGCGCUGCAGGAUGUCAGGGCCUAUCUCAAUGAGGAAGGAGGCCAGAUCGCUGUUUUUGAUGCCACUAACACCACCAGAGAGAGGAGAGAGCUCAUCCUUAAUUUUGCAAAGAACAGUUCAUACAAGGUGUUUUUUGUAGAAUCAGUAUGUGACGACCCAGAUGUCAUUGCGGAAAAUAUCAUGGAUGUGAAGGUGUCCAGCCCAGAUUACCCAGAGAGGGACAGAGAAAGCGUCAUGGAGGAUUUUCUGAAGAGGAUAGAAUGCUAUAAAGUGACGUACCAGCCUCUAGAUCCGGACGAACAUGACAAGAACCGGUCCUUCAUUCAGGUCAUCAAUGUCGGCCGCCGUUUCUUGGUCAACAGGGUGCAGGACUACAUCCAGAGUAAAAUAGUCUACUACCUCAUGAAUAUCCAUGUACACUCCCAUUCCAUCUACCUCUGUAGACACGGAGAGAGCCAUCACAACGAGCUGGGGCGAAUCGGGGGAGACUCUGAACUGUCGGACCGAGGGAAAGAGUUUGCAGAAGCACUGAAGGGUUUUGUGGAAGAACACCGUCUGUCAGACCUGAAAGUUUGGACCAGCCAGCUGAGACGUACCAUUCAGACGGCAGAGGAACUGGGCGUUCCCUACGAGCAGUGGAAGAUCCUUAAUGAAAUAGAUGCUGGAGUGUGUGAAGAGAUGACCUAUGAAAUGAUUGAGGAAACAUACCCAGAGGAGUUUGCGAUGAGGGACCAGGACAAGUAUCACUACCGCUAUCCUGGAGGAGAGUCCUACCAGGAUCUGGUUCAGCGGCUGGAGCCAGUCAUCAUGGAGCUGGAGCGACAGGGCAACGUGCUGGUCAUCUGUCAUCAGGCUGUCAUGCGUUGCCUUCUCGCCUAUUUCCUGGACAAGAGCGCAGAUGAUCUACCCUACUUGAAGUGUCCCCUGCACACUGUCCUGAAACUCACCCCUGUAGCUUAUGGUUGUAAAGUCGACAUGUUUGACCUGAAGGUGGAGGCUGUCAACACUCACAGGGACAGACCAUUAAAUAAAGUCCAAGCAGAUGUUGUUCCACCAGCUUUCCUCCGAAGGAACAGCUUCACUCCGUUGUCCAGCCAAGACCAGACUAAGCGUCGUCGUCUUUACAGCAUGGGCAACCCCCCACAAGCCUAUAUGUCACAGGUUCCCACUUUACCCAGCAUGCAAUUCUCUGAGGCGUCUGAGGGGGCAGAGUUGCAACAAAGCCAGGACCCUCUGAAUGGUUUCACUGAAUCAGAGUCAGACGACUGUAUUCGAAAUUAAAGAAGCACAAAAAAGGCUUUUCUCUUCACAUGGAUGUAUCACCAGUUGUGAGGACCAGCAGUGACAAGCUU